AAUACAGUUUUGAUAUGUAUGAUAAUUAGAAAAAAAAAAUGAUUAUGAUCUUUCUGCUCUUAGUUACCCUUCCGAUUGUAAUCAAUUUCCUAAUUCUCCUAGCCAAAAAGGCUAGAAAAAAUGUCGUGCCACCAGGUCCUUUAGGGCUACCUUUUAUUGGAAAUUUGCAUCAAUUUGAUAGUUUAACCCCUCAUCUUUAUUUUUGGAAACUUUCCAAGAAGUAUGGAAAUAUAUUCUCAUUAAAAAUUGGUUCUGCUACUAUGGUAGUAAUUUCUUCAGCAAAAUUAGCAAAAGAGGUAACAAAAAUACAAGAUCUAGCAUUUUGUAGUAGACCCUCUUUUCUUGGCCAACAAAAAUUGUCUUACAACGGCCAUGAUAUUGCCUUAGCACCUUACAAUGACUAUUGGAGGGAAAUGCGAAAAGUUUGUGCUGUUCAUUUGUUCAGUCUCAAGAAAGUGCAAUCAUUCAGUCCGAUUCGUGAAGAUGAAGUAUCAAGAAUGAUGAAGAAAAUAUCACAACAAGCCGUCGCUUCACAAAUUACAAAUUUGAGCAAUAUGGUGAUUUCACUAACAAGUACAAUUAUUUGCAGAGUUGCUUUUGGUAUUAGGUAUGAUGAAGAAGCACACGAAAAGAGGAGAUUCAAUGAACUUUUUGCUGUGUCACAAGAGAUGAUGGCGGGGUUCUUUUUCUCUGAUUAUUUUCCUUUAUUUGGUUGGCUUGAUAAAUUCUGUGGAAAUAUUAGUAGACUUGAGAAGAUUUUUAAGGAUUUAGAUGAGUUUUAUGAAGAACUCAUUGAACAACAUCUUAAUCCCAAUAGGCCAAAAUCCAUGAAAGGAGAUAUCAUUGAUCUUUUGCUUCAAUUGAGGAAAGAGCAAUCAACUCCAAUUGAUCUCACUUUGGACAACAUAAAGGCAAUACUCAUGAAUAUAUUUCUUGGUGGAACAGACACUAGCGCGGCUACAGUAGUUUGGGCAAUGACAGCCUUGAUUAAGAAUCCAAAAGCCAUGAAGAAAGUCCAAGAAGAAAUCAGAAAAUCAAUUGGAAACAAAGGCAUUGUGAAUGAAGAUGAUGUUCAAAAAAUGCCUUAUCUCAAAGCAGUGAUAAAGGAGACAUUGAGAUUAUAUCCACCAGCUCCACUACUAGUGGCAAGAGAAACAAUGCACAAGUCCAUACUAGAAGGAUAUGAAAUUCAGCCUAAAACUAUAAUUCAUGUUAACUCAUGGGCUAUUGCAAGAGAUCCUGAAAUAUGGGAAAAUUCAGAAGAAUUUAUACCUGAGAGAUUCUUGAAUAGUACUAUUGAUUUCAAGGGCCAAGACUUUGAGUUGAUUCCAUUUGGAGCAGGUCGGAGAGGUUGCCCAGGUAUUGCACUUGGCGUUGCAACGGUAGAUCUUAUACUUUCAAACCUUCUUUAUGCAUUUGAUUGGGAAUUGCCUUGUGGGAUGAAGAAAGAAGAUGUUGACACAAAUGUUUUGCCUGGAAUUAUUAUGCAUAAGAAAAAUGAUCUUUGCCUUGUCCCUGAAAAUUAUCUCUAGGCUAGCUACAUCUAGUCAUAAUGUAACCUUUAAUAUACCCGUUAAUAAAUGAGAAGAGUGUUUCUCAUUUAAGUUUUAAUAUACACGUAAAUAAAUGCUAGACUGUUUCUCGUCACCUAUGUUUAAUAUAUGGUACGCACGAUUUUGUGCCUUACCACUUUAAUUGUCAUUGUAAUUUAGUUGCUAUAGCUAGGUGUUCGUUUGUAAAUUUGAGUAGUGUGUUUUAUGUAAAAUUGCGAAAUUUUCAAAAA